AUGCCUCAUUACCUUGCGGAAACCGGUUACAAGAACCCUACAAGUUUCACAGACGGCAUCUUCCAAAGAGCACACAAGACCGAUUUGCACACAUUUGCCUGGGUCCAUGGCGAUCCUGUCAGAAGCGCUCACUUCAAUCAUUUCAUGAAAGCACAACGCGGGUCCCAGACCAAAUGUUUCGGACUUUAUCCCUUUGACGAGGAAAGCAAGGGCUGGCCUUCUGAUAAGCCCCUGUUUGUGGAUGUUGGUGGCGGUGCCGGAUAUCAAACUGCCGCCUUUAAGGAAAAAUACCCGAAUCUACCUGGUCGUGUUGUCUUGCAGGACUUGCCGGAGCCGGUCGAGGACGCGAAAUCGGUAGUUCCGACAGAUGUCGAGCGAAUGGUGCACAACUUCUUCGAACCCCAGCCUAUCAAAGGUGCCAAGUAUUACUAUAUGCGCAUGAUAUUGCAUGACCAUACAGACGAGAAUAGCAAAAAGAUUUUGAGUAAUCUAGUACCAGCUCUGGAAAAGGAUUCUCUGAUUCUGCUUGAUGAAAUGGUUCUGCCGUCUGAGCACGUGGAUGAGGCGUCUACGCAAGCGGAUCUGACCAUGAUGGCGUUCCAUAGCUCGAUGGAGCGAUCGGAGGAACAAUGGGCAAAUCUUGUGGGAGCGGUAGGACUAAAGAUCAAGAAAGUCGUAUUGUAUGCACCGGGUUUCAACUUGGGAGUUGUUGCAUGUGGGCUCUGA